GAACGCAACGAAACUUAUAAGUAUCGAUUUCAAUCUUUUGAAAUGCAUGAUUUCACUUAUUUAAAACAUUUCUUUUAAACAAUGUCUAUUGUGUAAAUGACAAAUGUAUAUCUCUCCUCACAACCUGAUUUUAAAACAUUUCUCGAUUCAAUAUUAGUCACGAGAUACCAUGACUGGUGAAAAAUAAAUAAAAAUGGCAGAGGUAUUACAUUAAGAAAAUGAGUUUAAACUGCAUAAAAAGGAAAAUAAAGGGAGGACCGGACCUUAUCGCCCUUUAUACAAAAUCUCCGUCCAGCUCGUACAAGUUCGUCGAAUCACACGACUUCUAUGUAAAGGAUGUUCGGCAAAUUCCGAAAACACUUCUGCCUCCGGCUCCACACACUCGGUCAAAGUCGGAAUUCUUCGACGUCAGCGAAUAUCUGCUCGUAGACGACAAAGCGAUAAGGGUGCCCUUAACAACCCUGAGCAAGCCUAUAUCAGCCCUGGUCGAUUAUCUUGUGGAGGGUUACGAAGAUGACGUCUCAAAGGUUCGUGUGUUGUUCCGGUGGGUGACCAACCAGCCCCUGUCCCGGAUGGCGGUGCUGCAGACCCAGCCCAAGGUCAAAGACUCCGCCCUUCACCACCUAUGGAUGAUCAGGAACAGGAAACAACGAUACUCAAAGUUCUUCAGCCUCCUCUGCAGGUACGCAGGACUGUACGCUGUGAACAUACACGGAGCAGUUAAAGGCAUCCACUACCAAAUCGGCGACCGUAUCAGCAUGGAGAAGCAUUACGGCGAGUGGAACGCCGUGCUCGUGGACGGAACGUGGCGCCUCGUUGAUGCUCUGUGGGGCGCGUGCGGGGACAAGGACCCUGGGGACGGCAGGGGGCGCUUCUCAUGCGACGAGAGGUUCUUUUUCACGGAUCCUAAGGAUCUUAUGUACACGCAUUUUGCGGCGACCCCGAAAUGGCAGCUGCUCGACUCCCCGCGUCACAUAGACUCUUUUGAGGAAAGCGUCUGUUUAAAGAACCGAUUCUUUGAUUUUGGGAUGCAGGUCCUGUCACAUCCGCUAUGUGAAAUUCAGGCGGAGGAUGGGGAAGUGGAGCUGAUAUUUGGGAUUAAGCCAAAGCAGGGCCCGGAUCAGAGAUUUAACUGUUACAUUUCUCACUUUGAUAGGCCAGAGUCGAAACGUUACCUGACCAAAGGUUCGAACACGAGUGUCCCGAUCUUUAUACACAGACUGACGGAAAGUUCCGUCUCCAUUCGGGUUCGGUUUCCGGAAAGCGGAAUCUACCGAAUGGAGAUCGUCGGGAAGCAAGUCACAAACGGAAGUCUGUAUAAGGAUUAUGACUGGAUCGCAAUUUAUAAAGUCAUUGUCGAGGAACCAGCGGACCGAGGAUUUCCGAAAAUGGACCCCAUUGGCUGGGGCCCCGGAUCUGAAAUAGCAAAAGUAGGACUGGCUCCUUUCAAUUACACGAGCGGGAUUAUUGUGGCCAAAAACAUUCAAACAAAGAUUAGAUUCAAAAUCGUCGACACAAAUCACGUCCAAAACAUGAAAUUCUUUUUUAGAAUGGCGUCAACGUACGACAACGAUUUCAAUGUGAACGCUUUAAGCGAUAAGUUCGAAGUCGACGUAAAUAUUAUGACGUUUCUCGUCGAAGCGCCGCCCUUUGGAGAGUAUACGUUGAAGAUGUUCGCACGUAACGUCCGCGGUAGUAACGUCCCCAUGGAUCAACGUCGAGAAUGUAACGUCUGUAAUUACCUGCUCAUUAGCGAUAUACAACAGAAAGAGGUCCCGCUCGGAAUAUUGACAGAAAAGACGGAAAUUGAGGACACGCCGGAGCUUCCGCGAAAAUUGGUGCAAGCAGAAACCCGACGCCCUCCGGUGGAACCCAUUCCGUCCACAGAAAAGCCACCGGAAAUCGCUGAAUCGAUCGUAAGCACAUCAAACGUCCUUAUGGAAUCCAGCUCACAACCCACCACCAGUCUCCGUAACUCUCCGGAGCUCAACGAAUAUCCCGUGGACAAUAAGACACCUGAGCCACCGGAACCAGUGACCAAUGUCACAAUUUCCCCGAGAAAGAGUCCCACCGCGCAAAACUUUGUGAGAGUUGACGCGGACCUUCAGGAGAUACCGGAAAUUCCCCUGAACGUCGUGCUUCCUGUUCAACCGGAAAUAGUGGCGCGUCGCCCCUCAGAAAAACGCGAGAUGAAAGCGGUUUCUAGCAACAAAGUAGUUCCCAUGAAGUCAGUCGGAGCACAAGACGACAGCAUCGUUUUAGUUCCAGAUGACAAACCAAAGAGGCCCGGCUCCAGCAUCAGACGUACAGCUUCCCGUGACGACACAAAAUACUUUACCGCAUUGGCGAAAGUCAGGGGAGAUAAAUAAUGCCGGAAUGGUUGUCCUUGUUGCAGCAGUAUAGAGAGUACUGUACCGGUUCUCAUGUUUUACAUUUUUAGGGUAUCAGAUGUAGAAAUAAGCGUUUCGUCCAGCCGGUAGUAAUAAUGUUAAAUGUUACAGUAAGCAGCAAGCAACACUUUUUCAAAUGAUUCCAAUAGAAUAUGGAGACCCCACUCAUCCAAAAUCUACAUAAUUGAACAUCUGAUACCUUCAUUACAGUUACAAUGUCAAUAUAACAUAUGCACUUCCAUGCAGUUGGCAGUGGAAGUGACCAGUGUUUACCUGGUUUUCAACAAGUUGCAGACCUUUCAUCAAUAUAAUUGUCUUAAAUCGAAUUCACAAUCGUAACAAUUCGGCAAGUUCGGAUCGAGGAUUGUCGACUACAUUGACGUCAAAAUGUUGAAACAAUUCAUAAUUUGCCUGCUUUGUAUUUAAUCCUGGACGCCAUGAAUUAUUACUCGUUCUACUUUAUGAUUCAUGUAUAAUAAAUCAUUUUUAAUUGAAUAAUAGGA